GUCACUCACGUUAGAUUCCAGUCGUCCAAGAUGGCGGAGGUGAGACGGUUGAGGAGCAGAAAUCACUUCAAGCCGAGUCACAAAAACCGAAUGGUUGACGAAGUUUGUGGUGUAGACACACAACACAGAUUGGAAAGAGAAAUCAGCUUGAGUGGUGUGGAAGAUGUCCCCAUUUUCCAACAGAAGCAGAAGCCUCCUUUAGCCAAGACAGAAGAACUGGAGGAUGAAUUGCUUCCCAGGACCAUGGCCUCAAAAUUAAGCAAAAAUGCCAGCCUCACCCCCUCACCAGACGAAGGGAUUCAUGAAGAUGAGGCUGUGACAGAGGAGGAACAAAAAGCCCAUCCCAUCCAGAUUGUCCUUGCCAAUGAAGAUGAGCACAGCUUUGAGCUUGAUGCUGCAGCGCUGGAGAAGAUCCUGCUGCAAGAUCACGUGAAGGACCUGAAUGUAGUGGUCGUGUCUGUGGCCGGAGCCUUCCGCAAGGGCAAGUCCUUCCUGUUGGACUUCAUGCUGCGGUACAUGCACAAUCAGCAGAAUCACUCGUGGAUUGGAGGUGACGAUGAGCCUCUGACAGGCUUCACCUGGAGAGGAGGCUGCGAGAGGGAAACCACAGGAAUUCAGAUCUGGAGCGAAGUGUUUGUGGUUGACAAACCAGAUGGCAGCAAGGUAGCUGUACUCCUCGUUGACACUCAGGGAGCGUUUGACAGCCAGUCCACAAUAAAGGACUGUGCCACUGUGUUUGCCCUCAGCACAAUGACGAGCUCUGUACAGGUGUACAAUCUCUCCCAGAAUAUACAGGAGGAUGACCUACAACAUCUGCAGCUUUUCACAGAAUACGGUCGCCUGGCAAUGGAAGAGAUCUACCUGAAACCUUUCCAGUCGCUGAUGUUCCUGAUUCGUGACUGGAGUUACCCUUAUGAGCAUAACUAUGGCCUAAAAGGAGGCAACAACUUCCUAGACAAAAGACUGCAGGUAAAACAGAACCAACAUGAAGAGUUGCAAAAUGUAAGGAAGCACAUCCACUCCUGCUUCUCCAGCAUCGGCUGCUUCCUGCUGCCACAUCCUGGCCUCAAGGUGGCCACCAACCCUUACUUUGAUGGCAGGCUGAAAGACAUCGAUGAUGAUUUUAAGAGGGAGCUGGCCAAGCUAGUGCCACUCCUCCUGGACCCAGAGAGACUGGUAGAGAAGGAGAUUGGAGGAAAUAAAGUCACCUGCAGAGAUCUCCUGGAGUACUUUAAGGCUUACAUAAAGAUCUACCAAGGUGAGGAGCUGCCUCACCCCAAGUCCAUGCUGCAGGCGACAGCAGAAGCCAACAACUUGACUGCAGUGGCAGGAGCCAAAGACAUGUAUGGAAAGAGCAUGGAGCAGAUUUGCGGUGGGGAUAAGCCAUACAUUGCCCCGGCCGACCUGGAGCGCUGCCACGAAGAGUUCCGCACACACUCUGUACGUUACUUCCGCUCUGUGAAGAAAAUGGGCGGCGACGAGUUUUGCCAGCGCUACCAGAACCAACUGGAAUCCGAGUUGGACGAGGCCUACACCAACUUCUCCAAACACAACGAUGGCAAAAACAUCUUCUAUGCAGCGCGCACGCCCGCCACGCUGUUUGCGGUCAUGUUCGUCACCUACGUGGUGUCCGGCGUGACCGGCUUCAUCGGUCUGAGCACCUUAGCCUCCCUAGCUAACCUGGUCAUGGGCAUCGCACUGCUGUCACUCUGCGCCUGGGCGUACGUGAAGUAUUCUGGAGAGUUUCGGGAGGUGGGAACGAUGAUAGAUGAGGUGGCUGAGACUCUCUGGGUACAGGUUUUGAAGCCACUAAGCGAACAUUAUAUGGAAGACAACGUCAGACAGACAGUGGUUAACUCAAUCAAAGCCAGCUUGACAGAACAGGGCCCGCAGCACACCAAGCUAAAGACUCACUGACUAUCUUCAUCUCCUUCAUCCUCCUCAUCAUGUUCAUCAACUCCUUCCCCCUCCUCGCUGUCCACUUGCUCAAUGGUUCAGUCCUAGAACUCUGGAACUAGUUCAACACCAAAGCCGAUCCUCUACUGUUUGUCCCCCUCACACAAACAUCCAUCAUGACUUCACUGACCCCGUUUCGACAUGAGCAACUUGACCCGGUAAGGCUCACUGCUCAUUCUGCUCUUCACCGCCCCCCAGUGCCUGAGAGCAGGAGCUGCACAUCAAUGAGAGGUCACAGAGGAGAAGCCAGCGGCGUCUUUUGCCAAAACAGGACCUGAACAAAGGUUGUCGUCUGUGUGCCACGCUGUUAUAGAUGUAAUGCACCCUGCAGGUUGACACACGCACGUUUGUGUCUCGUUUCGUAGUGAGGACACUCGUAGACCUAAUGCAUUCCCUAGCCCCUUAACCUAAACCUUAUUAUAACCAUAAAACCAAGUCUUAACCUUCAAAAAGACCCUUUAAGCAGUGACAGAACGUGAGGACCAGCCAAAAUGUCCUCGCUCCCCGUGGUUUGUAGGUUUUUUUGGUCCUCACAACACUACCCAUACAAGAACACACACACACACACUUGCUGUUGCUAGACUGCACUCACUCUGUGAUUGAGCUGUAAUUCAGGGAAAAACGGACACAGCUGUUAUCAACAGUGCAAGGUAAAACAUUUCUGUGGACGUAAUCAUUGUGUGUCACAGUUCAGAGCUUCACUCGUGUCUCUCUUCAGCCUGUCAAGUAACGCGUCCAACAAAGCACACGUGACUAAACACAUCUAAUGGUGAGGUUAUUAUCAUCAUCAUCAUUAUUAUCAUCAGGAAGUAGAUUUUAUUGAUUUACACUGAAGUGAAAGCAGAUUAUCUUUGGUUAGUGAUUUGUUUUUGUGUUUUUUUAAAGCUGUUAAACUUCCAGUGUGUCCCGUCCUGAUAAAUCAAUCUGUCUCCUACAAAUCUGAAAUGAACACAUGAGGCUGGAAAUAAAGUAAAACUGUAAACUGUUAUUUUUCCUCAGACAAACGGCAACAGUUCACUCUUCAUUCGUUCAGUUUUUGACACUAAAUUUUAAAGCCGUGUUAACCAGAUUACAUGUGUAUGAUCAGACUGGGCUCCAGUUGCUUCCCGACAGAACCUCUGUAUUCAUCCAGCCUCACCCUUUAAUACGUAGUGAAUAUAAUACUGAUGAGUUUUGUGGGGAGCUUUAGCUCUUUAUUUAAGGACUGACGUGUUUUAAAUGGUGCCUUUGGUGCCCUCUGCAUGCUGCUGUGUUGUAGUGUUAAGCGAGUUAAGAGCUUUUAGAGUGUUUUCUAAAGAGCUUUUAGAGCCCAACUAUACUCACAUAUUCAGGGAGGGUUUUCACCUGGAGCCAUUUUCUCUUCUCCACUGCCUUCCAUCAGAUCCACUCUCAUAUUAAGACGUGCAAGCUGCAAAUUUGAUUCUUGCCUUUGUGGAAGGAGCAAUGUUUGUUUGUUUUUCGAUCAAACUCCUUUUUAAAGGAAUAUUUUUGACAUUUUGGAAAAUAUUGAUGUAGGCGACAGAUAAAUGAGAUGGUAACUGAUCUUUCUGAAGGAUGAAUAUGAAGCUACAGCUGCUCUGCUGAGAUUCACACUCACCCACUCAUCUCCUGCUCUCUGCAGUGCUAAGCUAACUGACUGCUGGCUAUAGCUUUGUAUUUAGCGACAGAUUUUAGCUGUCAGUAAAAACCUGUUUCCCCCAAAUGUUGAACUAUUCCUUUAACUGCCGGCAGAUGAAUCCAUCCACAUUUUCUUUUUUGUCUUUACGGAUGAUUUAAAUGAGCACGGUUAACAUCUGCAUCAGUCUUUUACAUGGAUCUCUAACCUCAGGCUGCCGUCUCAUACGUCCACUUCUCUUUUCAGUGUUCACAGAUUACAAUCAGGCAUGUAUGUUGGAUUCAAUAUUUAAAUGAACUUUGUAUAUGUUUUAUAGUGGAUCAAUUUAACAGGCGGUUGGUUUGGUUUGGUUUUUAGAGAAGGGUAAGUUGCUGCUGUAAAGGUUUGAUGUUUAUGGAAACGUAUUUGGAUUCUGAGUAAACUGACUGUGUCGAGUGGGUUAGAGACGAUGUGUGUGUCUGACUUUUAAGGAUCUCUGGUAAUUUAUUUUUCAAUAAAAA